UCGAAAUGGCAACAGCGAAAGCUUCGAGGGCGAACAAGACCGAUAACCCACCCGCUGAUACUACUAGACAACUAACGUCAACCCAAUUCUUGCGAACAUGGCGUCACUACGACACGGAUAGGAACGGAUACAUUGAGAAUGAUGAGCUAGAUGCAUUUCUGAAGGAAAUGUUGUCUGAUCAUUGUGGUCCGGAGAUUGAUGAGUCUUUAUUGGCUGCUAGCAAAGCAAAGUUUCUUGCGAAAUAUGAUCAGAAUUAUGACGGUCGAAUUUCAUUGGAAGAGCUGGCUGUGAUCCUUCCAACAGAAGAGAGUUUCUUACUAAGAUUUCGAGGCAAAAUAAACCUCUCUAGUGUCGACUUUAUGCAGAUAAAUUUACUGUAUGCAAGAUAUGGCGUCAAUAUGAUGAAGAUAGGAGCGGUUUUAUUGAGGCAGAGGAAUUGAAGGCAAAGUCUCUAUAUUGUGUGCAUACACAAACUCUAAAAGGUGGCUUUGAAGCAGGGAUUUAUUCGAGAUUUAAUGCUAACCAAUAAGAAAGACAUCUCCCCCAGAUUACUGAUGACUAUGAGCAAACAAUGGUAGGUUCCCAUGCCAGCUAGUAUGGCAUGAGAUGUAGCUGUUGUGUAUGAUUAAGACACAUCUCUGUCAUACAACAUUCUGUUUUAAUUGACAACUUGUGGGAUGGUGCAUGGGAAUGGCAAAUCUCAUAAUGCUUGUAUUGAUUUAUGUGACUAGUUGGAACUGUUUGAUGUAAAUCAUGAUGGCCGGAUGUUUGGAUUUAAAUGAACUAGCUAAAGUCUUGCCGGUGGAGGAGAACUACAUCUUGAAGUUGAAGGUUGACAAUUAACUUAAGCUUGUGUGUGUAUUGCCUAACUCCAUGUAUGAUGUAAUUAAUGAAUUAAAGGGUAAGAAACAACUGACUCGCAACGAAAUGACCGAGUUCUUCCAGCACUAUGACCAGGUGCACUUAUCGUAGAAGUAGUUGGAACAAUAUUUGAUAUCUAAUUGUAGGACAAUAAUGGUAAAAUAUCUGGAGCAGAACUGAUGGCUCUUUUGAGGGACAUUCUACAGGCAGAGGGCAAGGAACCUAACUUUCAAGAAAUUAAGGAGUUCCAUCAGGCUAUUCUUAGUCUCUGUGAUGUGAAUCAUGACAGGAUGAUAGAUGAAGCAGAACUCACCCUGUUACUGUCUCCUUCAGCUAAAAAGUGACCUACAAGUGUGAAGGUGACGCAUUAACUAUGGAUGUGACUACUAGUAGACAACAGUAUUUGAACAUCUAUUUUAGCAAGUAUAGAUAUUACAAGAUCGUUUAGAAAAAUAGACACGUGUCAAUUAAACUCAGGAGUAGAUAGCUAGGAGAGAAGAAAGAUGUGUGGGAGGAACUUCAGACGGAGGAACAGGGAAGAGGAGAAAGAGCUAGGGUUUAUGUUUAUGACAUACUUUUGUAGUCACUAUAUUUUUUACCCUAGUUUUGGAACUAGAAGCUCUUGAUCAUUUGUCAUGAAACUUUCUUAAAAUUCCAGCUAGACUUACA